UACCAGUCCAUUAUCAGGGCUGUUGCAGUUGAAGAUAAAAUGUGUCUAGACAAGGGGUGGUGAACCUUUUCAGCAUGAUGAGCCAAAAAAAAAAAAAAAAAAACCCUUCAUUAGGGUAUCUCUCAAUUGGCACAGUCUUCCAAAACUCCACAGUUCCUUCCCUCAGAACACUUUAAAGUCUGUCAUCCUCAGAAAGUUCAAUCAUUUCAAGCUGAAAUGUUGCUUAAUCUUCCACUAAAGGGGCUUAUAAACAGUCUGAUUCAGCAGUGAAUAGGUUAAUGAGAAUGCAAUAUGUGGUCUUUUUUCUUUUUUUUUUUGCGUAGGCUGGAGAAUCUGUCCUCAAAACUCUGUUCAAGAUUUGUAAGCAAUGUUGGAUUCUGUGCAGUACUCCCAUGUACAACCUCUGCUGCUUCUCCACUUGCCAACAAGGAUAGAAAAUGUGUUAACUCUCUUUUUUGUAGAUCCUUCUUGAACAGCUUGAGUUUGUUGAUAAAUGUGAAAACACCCUGCACCAGGUCAGGCACCAUCUUUAACUUCCCUUGCAGGUCCACAUUCAACCAAAUGUCGACCAAAAAAGCCAAAUCUGAAUCACAUAGGGAUCACAUAGCUCAGGAUAGUCCUUUUGUUUCUCUGCAAGGAACAGCUUAACUGGAUUGCUCAAAAAAAAGAGAGAAAGCACAUUAACUUUUAAAAGCCAUCUCACAGCACAGUGAUGAAGCAGAUCAGAUGGAAGAUCUUCAUCAAGCUCAGCAAUGAGAUUUUUGAACUGCCUGUGAUUGAGAGCAUGUGUACGUAUAAAAUGGAUCACAUCAUUAAACCUGUGCUGGAAAUUGUCAAAGUUCAGUGAUCUGAAUAUAAAUGUGUUUCACCCGAGUUGUUAUUGUCCGAUAUUCUCUCUUCAAUGGUGUGCCGUGACUGCUGAUAUGACGCUAAUGUCACUGUCACUGAAUGCUUGGUAAAUUUCUGAAAAAUCUGACUUUAUGAUUUCAAAGUGUUUACCUUGUACUUGCCCAGUUUACUGCCUUUGGGAAAUUCCCGGGCCACCUUAGGAUGGAGCGAUGUGAAAUGGGCGCUCAAGAUUUGAACCCUUAAAAUGCGACAAUGUAGUCUAGCAUAUCAAGCAGAAUGGUUUUCCAUUUCAUUCAACAACAACAAAAAAAUCCUCCCAUUCAGAUAGAAAUGUUCUGUGCUCAUCUUCAUUCUGUUCGCUUUUUUGAUUCUGCCAUGAUGAUUUCUACUAACGUAACGUUUCCUCAGGCCAAUCAGGCAGCGUAAGCAGCUUCUGUCAGUCAAUAGGCUAGACAUGUUAAAUUGUUCUGUUUCUAUUUUUAAAAGUGUGUGUGUGUGUGUGUGUAAAAUGUCCUAAAGUGAGUUCCUCACAGAAGCAGCCUUUCAUUCUUCUUCCUAGGAAUGCCAUCAUCUUUUCAGACCGUGACAGAGCUCGUCAAGUUUGUCACCAUGGUGAUCUUCACUGCAUCAGCCCAACAUUCCGCUGUAAACAAUGGACAGUUUGACUUUGGCGGCUGGAUGCCUAACUACCCCACUGCCCUCAGAAAGCCCCCUCCCAAGGAGAAAGGCCAGACCACUGAGGACACGAUCCUGGAGACCCUUCCUGAUGUGAGCACGACGGUGAAUGGGACGGCUGUCCUGAGACUGCUGAGCAAGGAUUCUACAGACCAUUACCCUCUGGGUCAUUUCCCAGAAAAUCUAUAUGAUGAAGACAUCCCCUGCAAGCUUAUUGAAGAGUUUCAAAAGGAUCUGAGGGAGUUGUCGGACCUCAUCGAGGAGCGGAACAAGAAGUUGGAGCUUCCCUACACCUAUCUGAACCCCAAAAAUGUGGACAACAGUGUAGCCAUUUGAAAGGAGACAGUAGUCCUUCUUAAUAUGUUUGUCUUUCUAAAGAACCCCAAAAGGGGCCUUUGCAAAAAAAAAAAAUAUACAGAGUUUCACUAAAAUUUCCGGUUUGUAUAUACUAAAACCCAUUUCAUUUGUGCGUCACUGCCUGUGAAGAAAGCAAGAGUAUGCAUGCACAUGAACUACUAAAGAUCUGUUUGCUCAAAAUUACAAAGAUCUAUGCUCAAAAUUAUGAAGAAAAUGUGAGCAUGAAUGAAUUAAUAAAGAUCUAAUACGGUUUCAAAUAUGGUGCGAUAAACCAAAAAUAAAUAAAUAAACUAACGUUAAACAAAGGGCACAGAUUGCACAAUCUACUCAUCCUUGAUUGUCUUGUUAAGAUGACGCAGGAGUGCAUUCCAAAAGAAGAGUUUUUUGGACCCCUACACCCUUCAUCCCUCUCACUCCGGAGGGUAAACCCUUUGAAGGGAUUAGGGCAUAGGGAUUAGCCCUUCCGAAUGGAAUGCAGUGUUUGUUUCUUGUGCACACAUGAAACUCUGUCAAUUUUUUAUUUUUGCAAAGGUCCCUUUGGGGGCUCCGUAUCUUUCUGUUAAUAGCUUUGUCAAUUAAAAAAAAAAAGAACUUUCAUAUAUUAUAAACUAGUGUUGUAAAACUAAAACAGUCCUAUCUUUGUUGUUUGUACCUUUGUGUUACAGGGCAAAGUACAGUAUGAUGCAAUAUUUUUUUUGUUUUGUUUAUUCCAAAAACAACGACUUGUUCAGUUUAGAAACCAGCAAACAAGAAGGGGUCCACUCCAGGGUAUAAUUCCAGGUGCAUUUAUGGCAUAUAAAUUAUCUAGACAUUUACAUGAUUUUUAUUUUAACAUAAAAAGUCUCAACAUUGCGUCAACAGA